AUGGUCUCGGAGGACGAUGCGCGGAGGGACUGCGGCGCAGCCGAGCGGGGGUUUCCACGUUGGAUGAAAGGAUCAACAAAAAUAAGGAACGAAGCGGGGUCCCUUUGUCUCGACUCUCGACAACCGAGUCUGGUUCUCGGCCGAUGCCACGUUCCCUUCCGGACUUUCGUGUUGCGUUCCGGUCGAACCCUUUUCGAUAUAUCGAUUCGAGGGAAGGAAAGAGGUGGGAGGAAGGAGAAGAAGGAAUGUGGGAGGAGUGAAAAUGAAGAGAAGAAUUGGCUCGCCAGGAAGUACCAGGUUGCAAGGAUCGGUGGGCGCGAAUCGAAAGAACCACCUGCACUGGACCUUCGGGGAUGGGCGAGUGGCAGUGGCAGAGCCGAUGGAAACCCAAAAACCCAGAGAUGCAGAGACGCAGAGAGGCAGAGGGAGGCAGAACCAAAAAGAGACAGAGGCAGGACCACAAGCGCUGAAGGGGUGCAGCUCUCCAGGCCCAAAAAUGGGCGAAAUUGGGGGACGGCAAGCCUGGGCGGGCAGAACAACAUGCAGGCUCGGCCUGCAGAGUCCCACUUCAAACCCCCGGCUCGGUGCUCGACAAGCAUGGGGUGCCUCGGGAGAGGGAGCCACUGGUCUGCGACCAACUUGCCUCCGCCAGGCUUCGUGCAGGGGCGGGGGCAGAGAUCGACCAAUGACAACACAUUCUCCGACACCCCACUCCCUGGUGCAGACUCUCGGCGGCUAACCCCUUUGUGA